UGACGUUCUCGCUGAUCACGUGGUGUGCCAGUCAGCUGACUGCCGUCUUCCGGGUUGUCGGUCGGUGUUUACUUUGUGAGCGGCUCCUGUUCGUGAUUUGUGCGGCUGAAGUCGAAGUCAGUGAAGUGUGGAGCAGCCAUGAACGCCUCAGACAGUGACGAGGACUCCUAUAAUGAGAGGACGGCGUUGGUCCCGUCUGAGAAUCCAGUGGUGCCAUCCUACAGACCAGAUUCUGACCUCACGCCUCCCAAUGAUGCCCCGUCCAAAAAGCCUGUGGCGAGCAGGAGGGCGCGUCCGGCUGCUGUGGACAGCGGCGGUGGCGGCGGCUCGGAUCAGGAGGUGGACGCAGACGAUGAAGAGCUGACUCUGAAGUAUGGAGCCAAGCACGUCAUCAUGCUGUUCAUCCCCGUCACCCUCUGCAUGGUGGUGGUGGUUGCCACCAUCAAGUCGGUCAGCUUCUACACUGAGAAGACCGACCAGCAGCUGAUCUACACACCGUUCACGGAGAACACGGCGUCCGUGGGACGCCGGCUCCUCCACUCCUUCCUCAACACCAUCAUCAUGAUCAGUGUCAUCGUGGUCAUGACCAUCUUCCUGGUCGUCCUCUACAAGUAUCGCUGCUACAAGUUCAUCCACGGCUGGCUCAUCCUGUCCUCCCUCAUGCUGCUCUUCUGGUUCAGCUUCAUGUACCUGGGCGAGGUGUUUAAGACGUACAACCUGGCGGUGGACUACCCGACAGUGGGGGUGAUCAUCUGGAACUUUGGGACGGUGGGGAUGAUCUGUAUCCACUGGAAGGGCCCUCUCCAGCUGCAGCAGGCCUACCUGAUCCUCAUCAGCGCCCUCAUGGCCCUCGUCUUCAUCAAAUACCUUCCCGAGUGGUCGGCCUGGGUCAUCCUGGGAGCCAUCUCCAUCUACGACCUGGUGGCCGUCCUGUCGCCCAAAGGUCCUCUCAGGAUGUUGGUGGAGACGGCUCAGGAACGCAACGAGCCCAUCUUCCCCGCCCUCAUCUACUCCUCUGCCAUGAUGUGGACGGUGGGGAUGGCGAACCCGACAGACGCUCAGCGCUCGGGACAUGAAACAGAUGAGGAGGCGGAGCAGAGCAGCAGGGGGGCGGAGCCUGAGAGCCGUCAGUCACGGCCAUUUCCUGAAGACGACCUGGAGGAGGAGGACCGAGGGGUGAAGCUCGGUCUCGGUGAUUUCAUCUUCUACAGCGUUCUGGUUGGAAAAGCCGCAGCGACGGGUGGAGACUGGAACACCACGCUCGCCUGCUUCGUCGCCAUUCUUAUCGGCCUGUGUCUGACUCUGCUGCUGUUGGCCAUCUUUAAGAAAGCUCUGCCGGCGCUGCCCAUCUCCAUCACCUUCGGCCUGGUCUUCUACUUCUCCACAGACUUCCUGGUUCAGCCUUUCAUGGACAACUUGGCUGCUCACCAGUUCUACAUCUGAGAGGCCCCGCCCACCUCACCUGCAGCCUCCUCCCCAUCAUCGUCGUUGUCUUUAUCUUUAUCACGUUCGUCCUGCAGGCCCGCCACCAUCUGUUGAUGUAAUGCACAAAGACUUCUUCCUUCUACCACAGGAAGUGAUGUAAUGCAGACAAGAAGCUGGCUGCAGGUUACCUGGUUGUGUCUGUUCACCUGAUGAUGAACAGUUUAACGCUAGCUGUGACAUCGGUUUCAGAAACCAGAAAGCACCACGGCGGCGAGUGAUAGGCCGAUGCUCCUGUCAGUCAAAGUAAACAAACCUGUAAAGAUUCACUCUGCAGACGUGAGGUCAUCUGUGACCUCAUCUGUUACAUCCCCUGUUGUGCUGUAUAACUUCCUCGCCGACUUCAGUAAACACAGGUGAAAGGUC